GGGAGAGUUUAUACAUGGAUGGAACAACAAAAGCCUUUGGAAUCAUGAGUGAGAGAUGAAGUUCUAUGAUCUGAGGAUACAGGAUUUCAUUGCAAAAAUAACUCAAGCCAAGACUUGCAGAGAUUCGGUGGAGCUAACAGGUCCGAAUAAGGUCAAAGAUGUGGGCUUUUGUAGGGGUGAUCUGUCUCUCUCAGUGUAUUAUUGGUCAAAUGCUGGAGGCCAGAUCCAAAGGAGCUCCAUCUCAAUUCAUCUGCAGCAUUCCAGGGUUGCCAGGCUCACCAGGAAAACCUGGCCCCCCAGGUCCACGAGGCGAGGAUGGCCAGGUCGGAAUCUCAGGAAGAGAUGGGAGAGAUGGACGGAAAGGAGAGAAGGGAGAAAAAGGACACCCAGGAAUCAAAGGUAGAGUUGGUCAGACAGGAAAGCUUGGAGAACGUGGAGAAAGAGGUCUCACUGGGAAACGUGGUCCUGGUGGUGAUCCUGGAGAUCUAGGGCCUCCUGGCUUUCUAGGACGUCAUGGAGAAAAAGGUGACAAGGGUCAGCGUGGCCCUCCAGGAGUACCAGGCAUCUGCAAAUGUGGGAGUUUGGUUCCUAAAUCCGCCUUCUCUGUAGGCAUCACCAGUAGCUAUCCCACUGAACAAGCUCCAAUCAAAUUUAACAAAGUUCUUUUUAAUGAGGGUGGACACUACAACCCAGAAACAGGAAAAUUCAUUUGCGCUUACCCAGGAAUCUACUACUUUUCUUAUGACAUCACUCUGGCCAACAAGCACUUGGCCAUCGGCCUGGUCCAGAAUGGACAGUACCAGAUCAAGACCUUUGAUGCUAACACUGGAAACCAUGAUGUGGCGUCUGGGUCGAUAGUGAUGUUUCUGAACCCAGAGGAUGAGGUUUGGCUGGAGAUCUUCUACAGAGACCAGAAUGGUUUGUUUGCAGACCCUGGUUGGGCUGAUAGCCUGUUCUCUGGAUUUUUGAUUUAUGCUGAUACAAACUAUCUGGACACACUGGCGGAGGACUACAAAUAGUCAAUAGCAGACACAUUGGCCUGGUUUCAUAGCUGAAGCCAGGACUAUGACUUAGUUAAAUAGGGAUCUUUAAGUCACUUUUAUAAAAAUGCCUUGUGACAAAACAAUAGCACAUUAUGGCAAGUUAUUUUCCAUUAUAAGAAAAUAAAGUGACCUUGAACUACCAUUAAAUGGUUUAUUUAUUUUGUUGAUUCAAUGCAUCCUUGAUAUCAAGAACAUAUCUGGGUACAUUCAUGCAUUCUCUUUUCUUGUGUUCUCGAGUAUUGGAACUGGACUUUGACUGUUAUUGAUGACGUAGAGGACAAAUGACCGCUGAAGAACAUGAAACCGCUGAAACGGCCAAUGUUUGUGAUUUAUCAAGUUGUGUCCUAAAUGACAUACUAUACACUGUGCACUUACAGUAUAUGCAAUAUUCACUUAACCAUCUAGUUAAGAAUUCAGCUACACACAUUCUAAGAUAACCAACGGUCAAAUAACAGCUUCCAUGACUUUAACAUCGGCUGUGAAUGCUGUUCUGUGUAAUACAUUAAUAUUGUGUGU